AAUGAAUCGGUGUGGAAUGAAGAAUUUCCACGACAAACUUGGCGAUGAGGAUGGGAUUCCACUGCUGAUCGUCCGGGACCUGAGGACGUUAGUUGGCUGAUCACCCUAAACCCACAAAGGGUUUAGCCCUAAACCUUGAAAGGUUUCAGGGAAGAGGGGGCUGACGUCUGAGGGCUUUUGACCUUCACUGCUGGUUUCUCAACGGAUCAGAAAAUGCAGUGAGACUGAUUUUGAAAUUCCAAUUGUCUUAAAACUUAAAAUAAUUAAUUUUUGAUUCAAAGUGGGUUUUAAUUUGGUAAAUUGCGGUUUUGAUAUUCCCAGACUUUAUGAUGCAAGUCCGAGCCACCCAUUGGUUUCACGGGUUUGUGAAAAAGAGGUCUGCAAGGAAGCAAGACAAGGGGGUGAUAAGACUUCGUGUGAGGAAGUGCGAAGCCACAUGGUGGUGACGACCACGUGUGAGGGAAAGAGGACGUGUUCCAGGUAAAGUCUUGGAUUGUAAAAAUGGGGUCUAGAAAUGUCAAGUCUAAGAUCGAUCUAUAUGAUUUGAACAGUCCAAUUUACAAUGAUAUGAAAAAGAAAUAUGGGAAAAGAAUUAUUGCGGAAGGUGUGACUGGUGGACGCCGUCGAACUGGCGGAGCCGGCCCAACGUCGCGAGGCUGGGGAGCGAGCGCCGCCGAUCCCCCGAAGGGUGCACCAGGAGCAACGCCCGCCGGAGGGUACCUUUCGGCCAGUGAGCAGGCCAGCGGCUCCCGAAGCACAGGACGAACCGAUGCCCACGGAGCCGCCCACCGCACCACGCCGGGCAUGGCUGGCAGGUUGUGUCCUACAUCACGAGCCCCCCCUGGCGGCACCAAAGGUAGAAGUGGAGGUCAACGGCCGCCCCUACCGGGCCCUCCUGGACUCCGGCAGUGCGGUCAGCCUGGUCCAGUCAUCGGUGGUUUCUCCACGGCCAGGAUCCAGGGCCAUUCUCCCCAUCACCUGUGUACACGGCGAUACACGCCAAGUCCCCGCUCGACGAGUUACCAUCACCGCCGCCUCCGGCUCCUGGCCCGUCGAAGUGGGCCUCAUGAAGGACCUCCCGUCCCGGUACUCCUGGGAGAAACUGGCCAGGCUUUGACCGCCUGCUCGCCGUCGCCACCCAACCUGCCAGCCCGGUCGGGAGCCGCCGCACCCGGAGGCACAGCCGUCGUCCCCGUCGACGCCCCGUCCUACUGGCAUCGGAUAGCCCUAAAGACGGUGAGUCCCCCUCCCAAAAUACUAACCUCUUCUACGAUGUGUUUCAGCAGGUUAAGGGAGGCGGGGCUUUCGCCAAGGAGCAACUCGGGGACGAACGGCUGA